CCCGCUUCUAAUGUUUUCAUUAGGAAAGUGAGCUCAACCAAGUCAGGGAGGGAAGGAUUAGAAAGCAAAGGACCGAACACGGGGCAGAGAGGGAGAAGAGAAGAGCUUUAUGGAAGCAGAAAUCUUUGGGUUUUUAUCCUAAUUUUGAGUUAAAAGAGAUUUCGGGGCUCUCACUUCUUUGUUUCUUUUCUCUCACACUCCUCACUCUUUGCCACCAGCUGCCCGCCAGGUUUCUGUCUUCAUCAUGAGCUGCCCCUCCGGCUCCUCGAUUGGACUCCUCCUCCUCCUGAUUGGCUAUGCCGCAGCAGGUCCUGAGCCCCACCUUCUGCCUCGAGCGGUGCGUUCAAGCGCCUGUCAGGAGCACACGAAUCUUCACCACCGCCUGGAUGUAGUGGAGAAGCAAGUGGAGGACACAGUUGAAAAGUUGGAGGUUGAGCUGGCUGCUCUUCUGGAUGCCAUUGAGGCCCCAAAGUGGCGCCACCUGAUGGACAAUGUGGGAAAGACGGCUGUGGACAUCCUUGAAGAUCCAGUGGAGAGAAGCCAGUCCUGAGCCAAGCAGACAUCCAUAUAGGGUGGACUUUGAAUUUUCUUGUUAAAGAGAAACUGUCUAUGCAUUUAUUCUAUAUUUUUCCAUAUGAAGUUUGUAUCAUACAAAAAAAAAAGAAAAAAAAAAAGAGGAAUUGUUUUGAACAAAGCCAAGCCUCUGCAUUAUGUAUACUUACAAAUCCUGUGACAGCCUUGUCUCUAUUCUAGUCAGUCCUAGAUUCCUCUUCACUGUACGCUGCUAUUUAGAGAUCAGUUCACCAGGGACGCCUCUGUUCACCCAGUACAUGCCCCUGCUCUUCACUGCCCCCUACUGUCUGCAAACAAACUUUGCCAUUAAAGCUGCAUUUGGGUAAAAAUGACA